AAUUCCUAUUUGUUCAUGAACGAGCGCACACAUUGUUGCUGUCAGGCUGGCAGAAGAUGGACUGAACGGAGAACCUUUUUUCGACUUCAACAAUGUCUUUUAUUUGCUCUGAAAGUUAUCCAGGAUUCUGAAUCCUUGGAUAUUUGUAUUCAAAGUACUCUUUCAGCACUCUAUCCACCCUUCGAGGCAACAGCAUCCACUGUCCUAUGUCAGGUUUUUGAUGUGGUGGAGAAAACGUAUUGUGGUGACGGAUUGUGCUACCUCAUUGAUUUCCUUGUUCCUGCUAAGCACAUUCUGCAAUGCAUUCAGCAGGAUGCCUGUUUUCAAUACUGUGGAUUACUAUUUCGCUACGAGGGCUGGCCUUUAUGCUUCUGUGAAAAAAUUGUAAUACAACUCUCUGCACUCGACUGGCAAACUUUACAACCUGGUGAUUUCUACCUUCAAGUGGUUCCACACCUGAAGAAAACACCACGUAUUGUACUAAAAUGCUUGGCAACAAAUGGGUACAACAUAGAGGAACUAAUAGUCCCAGAGAUCUCUUAUACUUCUAUCUUCACUAUGGAAUGGUUGGACAAUAUUAACAAGGGACGGAUGGGAACAGCUUUGCAAAAUUGUCUCUUGUCUGCCGACAGCAGUAUCUUACGAGUACCUUGGGAAGAAGUAGUAAAUCCAGAAUUUGUUGAUAAGCCAAAAAAGUUUGAAAGUAUGUCAUCAGGAAAUUGGGCUGUGGAUCAAGCAGUUGUUUGUAACAAUCCCAACAAUUCACUAUUGAAUGAUCACAGUGUGGGACCAGAAAACCAUUCUGAAACACUUCAAAAUCUAGCCAUGAAAGAAAAAGAACUGAAAACACAGCAAAUGCAUCCUAGAAUGGUGUUGCAGAGUUCCCGAAGUAGUGUUGCAGAUUGUUUAGAUGUUUCUGUUAGUCCCCCAGCAAUUUCUUUUCAUGAACUUGAGGGGGAGUAUGUAGAACUUAGUCAAAUUUCAUUAACUGAGAGUGAUUUCCUUUCGCAAACAAGCACAUCAGACUCAAAAUUACAGCAGACAUUAAGGGCUAACAGGUCACCAGGAGUAAUCCCUUUGAAUGCCUUGAGAAGUAGCACUUGUUCCAAGGAAUCAAACUGCCCAAAUUACACAGUGGCAUCUUCUAAUGUAACUUGGAGAUCCAAUUUAGAAACAGUACAGAACCCAUUUAAUUUGCAUGUUAGCAUCAAUGAGGAAAUUCUUGAACAUAAGUCACUUGCAGAUACUAUGGAAAACAAAAUGCAAUUUCAUAAUAAGACUCGCAGUAAUAGCGAAAAUAAAGAGCCUUGUGUGUUUACAAAAGUAGAGCUGUCUUCACCAGCGGAAACUGACCUUCAUCAAGAAGGAAUGCAACAGCAGUUCAAGCCUUGCUGUGGAGACAUGCAUAUGUUAAUUAAACAGACCAUAAAUGCCACAGAAAACAAUUUAAGCAGUAGUUGCUUGGAACCAGUGGUUUGCAGCCACAAGCAGACUCCUGGUCAAGAUUUACACGAUAGACCAUUUCAGAGUUCUUCAGGUGAUUCAUUACCUGUGCCACACAGUAGAAAUAAAAUUGAUAUGAAAGAUUGCAAAGAAAUGUAUAGAGAAAAAAGAAUUCCGAAAAAUAACCAAAAUCUGUCUGAGGCAGAUGCAACAGAAAAUACCCAUGGGAAGCGCACAAAAGUUGCAGAGCGGAACAGCACAUCAGUGGUUUUUAUUAAUUCUGAUAAAGAAUUUUUCAAUCAUCAAUUGACUGACUGUAAUUUAGCUAACACAGUGGAAUUUGUAAAUGUUCCUGCCACGGCAUUUCCUAAGUACAUACAGCCUUUGGCUAAGUGUUUAGAGCAGGAAAAGGCAAUGAACCAACAUUUAGACUGUAUUGAACAUGCACAAUUUAAGGGUCAGAGCCUUAAUCAAACUGUACAGUUUAUUAAAAUUGUAUCUCAACCAGAGGCAGAUGUGCAAUUGGAUGGGUAUAAAAUCCCUUUAAACCACUCUUUAGGCUCUGAAGGCACUACUGAAUCUAAUUUAUGUGAGAAUUUUGCACUUGCUGGCAAUUCAGAUCCUCCAUUGAAGGACAGCAGACGGCAUAUAGGGAUUAAAGCUGCUCAAUUGAUUGAAGAAAAUGUAGAAUCUGCCAUUCACCACCUGACUGAUGGCACAGGCACUGCAGAGUUAAUACAUGAAGAAAUGCAAUCUACAACAAAUGCUGAUCAUUUACAAUCUAAUUUAACAGAGCACACUGAGCAUUGCGAAAAGCAUGGAUUUGAAUGUAUGACAUAUUUUGAGAAAGAUCAUGUAUAUUGGACAGAGGAAAAUAUCCAAUUGCAUGCAUGUUCAGUUAGUAAAGAAAGAACUAGCCAGCACUUUCAAGUCAAUGCAUUACACCAAAUGUCUGCACAUGUGGAACGUGCAAAUACAGAUCAACUGCCGAAUGAAUUCAAUAAACAGAAACACAUUGAAACUAAGGAAUUGAACUUGACAGAAAACUGUAAUCUAAUACUUAAAGAUGUAGAUCCACUACAGGACACUGGAAUUCCAUUCUUACAAGACCUGCGAACUGAAAAUGCAAUGCAGGAGAAUAGUGAAUUUAAUACUGAAAAGGAAGGCAAACACAAGGGAUAUUCUACUGUUGAAGAAUACUGGUCAAAUAUAGUAAUGACAGAGUCUAGCAUUGCCUACUCAAGUACAGUGGGGAGUGAAAAGCUUGAAAGUACUUCUGCAAAUAUAGGUAGAAAUGAAAUCAAAGGAGAAUCAAAAGAACACAAUCAAUCAGAAAAACAAGCUACAGAGGAUUUAACUGUCAUAAAUCCUGAAGAUUGGAAGCAAGAAGGAUGUCAUACUGACGAAAAUCUAGAAGGAUUUGAUUCAAAAACAAAUGAUAAAUUGGACACAGAAAAAGGAAGUUUCAAUGAAGAUAUUUUCAACCUACCAGAUGAACCUCCAAAAACCUCACUGAUUGCACAGUGCAUUGUGAGCAGGCAAGAAUCGGCGCCAAUUAAACAUUGUGAGACCUCAUCUUCCUUACCGCUUAAACCUAAUCUACCAACACUGUCCCAAGAAAUCAACUUUGAUGUUCUCAAUUCUGGGGUGGCAUGUUUGACUGGAGGCAGAGAUAAGUCUGGUCGUGCAGUAGUGAUAAUAACAACAAGGAACACUGUCUGGCUAAAUCCACAUUGCAACGUCCCUGAACUUGUGCGGCUCCUUAUCUACUUUUAUAAUAUCCCCAGACAAGAUAUCCGAAGUGCAGGACUAACUAUUUUGGUGGAUGCCCGGCGUUGUUCUCCUGUACCAGCAUUAUUUAAAGCUUUCAAUUGUCUUCAGGACACAGUUCCCAAUGCUGUCCACACUGUUUUGCUGCUUGUUGAAAGGGAGCUUACAUUCCGAUUUGAGAAACCAUCUUCCAUGCAGUUUGAACUUCUUACCUCAUUGAAGUCACUGCACAAACAUGUGGAAAGCAAUCAGCUGCCACCAGAAUUUGAAGGAACUUUCCCCUAUUGCCAUAGUAACUGGAUGUGUUUUCGUAUGAAACUGGAACAGCUUAUGCAGGGAUGCAAAGCUGCAAGGAGUUUUCUCCAGAGCAACAUAGAGAGCCUGAAAUCAUGUAAACUACCAGAAACAGCUGAGGAGGCCAGUGCUCUUUUGCAGCAGUACAGACACCUAAUGAAGAAUGUUCUGGAAGAUGUUAGACUGGUUAGACUGCAGCUUGAAGGAGGAGCUAUCCUGGCCAGACUGAAAAAGGAGAAACCAUAUGUCACUGGAACAGGAGUGUAUAGAGAUACAAUGGAAACUGUCACAGAAUUAUAUAACAAAGUGGAUGAGGGAAUCCAUCAGCUGGUUAUGUUAUCGAAUAAAUGCAUUCAAGAACUAGAGUUUCUGAAGGAGUUCAAAACACAUGAAAGAGAGUUUAAGGAGGUGAGUAGCUGGAUAGAGCAGGUUGGAGAGAAGCAACUGGAGAGGAGAAAUGAAUUGGAGGAUUCACUGGAUGCAUUGCAAAGCACACAGGGAGAGUUCCAGAGCUUUUGCAAUGUUGCUUAUGUUUCACCCAAAUCAGGUUUUGUGAUGGACGCCUGGAAAUGGGGGUAUUGCAGGAAAGGCAGGGAGCUUUUGAAGAAACUGGAAAAGUGUCAUGACUUCAAGUCACCAGCAUUGCAUGUUUUUGAAGGAAAGCUACAGGCAUACAAAAAACAGUUUGAUGAAUUUGUAAGGAACCUGGAUGAAUGCAGACUGAAGAUUGACAAGACUUUAAAGUUGUAUGAAUUCUUUGACAGGGCUUAUGAGUGGGCCCUAGAAGGUAUGCGGCACCUUGCGUGCAUCAGCAUGGAUGACUGCAGUUCAACAGAACGUUGUGGGUCAAUUGUGAAAUAUCUGGAAAAUCAUCAUCGUCAGUAUCCUGAAAUUUCAGAUGCCGAGUUUCAAGGAAUGAAGGAUUUGGCAUGUGAAUUAAAAAAUGAGAAGGGGAUAAAACAGUGGAAAUUUGCUUGGUCCAAAUGUCAAGAGACGAAGCUUAUCUUUGAAAAGAAGCUGGAAGCUGCAUUGCGAGCAGGAAAGUCAUUACCAUCAGACCAUAGGCUUUCUGAUUUUAAUUGUAUGAGGAACGAAAUUGUUAACAUAGGACACAGGAGGCAUUCAGGUGGAAUGGAGCACAGAUUACAGUGUGCAAGCUCAAACAGUAGUGGUUAUUCUCUGAGCAACAGAUCAACACAAUGUGGUAUGUGGCAGAGAGACAAACUCUCAUCACAGUCUUUAGGCAGUUGUUACGGGACUAUAAAUAAUGAGGAUGUUUUUGUACCUAAAACUAUUCUCAGCAAAAGCUCUAGCCCUAGUUUACAAAGCUUUGAUCAAAUGGGAACAGGGAAAACUUGUGCUUCUGUUCAUACGUCAACACCAGAUGUGUGUAGAAGAUUGCAUAGUAUCUCUGAUGAAGAAGCCAACUGUGACAGUAAUGUUGACUCUUCUCAUAUACAGUCUAGAUGCCUCUCAACACCAGAUUCCCAGAAUCAACAUCUGAAAAAGCUAUUACGGAAAGCACAGAGCUUUGACUUUUCACCCAGUGAUACCCACAGGUACAAUUCAUGUCAAAGAACUUUUAGUGAACCUGCAAGGCGUGGAAACACAGGAGUAUUCAUUAAAGGGCUGGAAGUGAGCAGCACUGAACUUAACGAUAGACUUUGUACCUCCAGACAUCAGGCAUUGUUUAGUUGGACUGGAAACCAGGCAGAAGGUCACAGAAGAUAUUCCCCCUUGCAGGAGACCAAGGCUAAGGGCAGUAAACUGAGACACAUUAUUGAUGAAAUGGUCACAACAGAACGUGAAUAUGUGAAAUCUCUCAGGUACAUCAUUGAUAAUUACUACCCAGAAAUGGAACGUUUUGACGUUCCUCAGGAUCUGCGAGGAAAACGCAAUGUUAUUUUUGGAAACCUAGAGAAGCUUUACAACUUCCACAGCCAGUAUUUCCUGAAAGAACUGGAAAGUUGUGUUAACCACCCACUACGUGCCAGCCACUGCUUUCUCAGACACCAAGAUCAGUUUGGCAUGUAUGCAUUGUAUAGCAAGAACAAGCCCAAAUCUGAUGCCCUGCUAGCCAGCCAUGGCAACAUAUUUUUUAAGUACAAGCAACUGCAACUGGGCGAUAAGAUGAAUCUGGCUUCCUACCUGUUGAAACCCAUCCAACGGAUGAGCAAAUAUGCACUGUUACUGAAGGACUUGAUCAAGGAGUGCAAUGAGGUUCAGGAACAGGAGCUUAACUACCUCAGAGCGGCAGAAGAAAUGGUUAAAUUUCAGCUUCAACAUGGCAAUGACUUGCUGGCAAUGGAUGCUAUUAGGGAUUGUGAUGUGAACUUGAAAGAGCAGGGUCAGUUGGUUCGCCAGGACGAGUUCAUUAUCUGGUCCGGGCGCAAGAAGUACCAGCGACAUGUCUUUCUGUUUGAAGACCUCAUUCUUUUCAGCAAACCCAAGCGGAUUGAUGGUGGAUUUGAUGUCUAUAUCUACAAGCAUUCCUUCAAAACAGCAGAUAUAGGCUUGACAGAAACUAGUGGUGAAAGUGGUAUACGUUUUGAAAUCUGGUUUCGUCGUCGGAAAUCCAAUGAUACGUAUGUUCUUCAGGCGAGUUCACAGGAAGUAAAACAGGCCUGGACAAAAGAUAUAUCAAGUAUCUUAUGGCAGCAAGCAACUAGAAAUAAAGAGGUACGAAUGCAGGAAAUGGUGUCUAUGGGAAUUGGUAACAAACCAUUCUUGGACAUCAAACCGAGUGAGGCUGCUAUCAAUGAUCGAGCGAUUGAUUAUAUUAUGAAGGGUAGAGGAGCACGGACAAGAGCUUCAAUUGCAGUGUCUUUAUUCGACCACACAAAUCCAUUUAGGAGGACACAAAACAUUUCAAAUAACGGCAAUCCUUCAGCUGGUGGCCCAUCCUCAUCCUCACUGUUGGGGCCACUGAACCUCCAUAUGUAUACUAAUCAGACAUUGCUCUCAGGGGUGAACACUGUAUUGGCCAAUGAACGACCAUUUGAUGUCAACAUUUGCAUUGAGGAGGACGAACUGGAACAUGAAACAAGUAGCCAACCCUCCAUGACAACUGAAAGCUCAGAGUCAUCUUUCCACUAUAUGUCCGGUAGUGGCUCCAGUGGGUCUGAUAGUGGCUGCGUCUCCAGUCUUCUUCCUGAGAACCUAUCUGAAGAGACAGGAUCUCCAUCCGAUAUAUCUGGCUCAUAUUCUUUCCCAGGAUCAAAGCACAGUUCUAGCACCACUUCUCCGCUGGAAGAUAAGCCCCGAUUCUCUAACAGCCAGUAUAUUUCAGCGAAAUCAGAUCAAAUUACCAUAAGCCCAUCCACAAUGGUGUAAGCGUAGUUGUGCUUUCUAUCCUGCCUUGUCUAAGUUUAACUGGAAGACAAAAAUAACCUCUUAAAAGACUGGUGAAGAGCAGAACAAGCAGCUUUCCUUGUAUUUUAUGCACCACCCAAAACGGAACGUGAUUUGCUACUCCUUAGAAACCAUUAUAAUUUUUGUACAAUGACUGCAUUUUGGUAACUGGGGAGACUGUGUGGCCUAGUGGCUUUGACUUUCAAUUUUAUUUUUGCAGCAGCAAUUCACAUAUUUGGCAAAUGACAUGACCUUCAUAUUGACUAAUAAGUCAAUAACAUAAUAUGUUGCCCAAACUGAGUAAUUAGACAAAUACUGUAAAUAUUAGUUAACAUUUCUGUGCAAACUUUUUUUUUGAUCUGUUUGAUCAAAUUUCUCAUGAAAUACUUAGGUGUUGAUUGUUAGUUGUUUCUAGUGUGUUGCAUAAAGUGCAUGUAGAUAAUACUUAGUUGGGAUACUUAAUUAUAAUUGUUGAUUUGCAAAUUAAAAUAUUUUACUUGUCACAUUGGCUCAAAGAUUUAGAGUAGCCUAAUGACCAAGAUUAAUAAUAAAAUGGAAUGGUGAGAGUAAGGAGGUAUUGAAGACAGAGGAGUUUUACAGUUCCUGUUCAACAGUUUAACAUAGCGUAUUUAUCUCACUAAAUAAUUGUUUCUCAACAUCUGUAAAUAAUGUACUUAGCACAAGUGGUGCUGGUUUCUUUGGGAGCGAAAAAGAAUAAAAUACAUUCUUUUUCUACUAAUUACCAACAAACAGGGAAAUCACUCAAGUGCCAAUGGUAAUUACUUCCAUUAAUCUGAUAGAAAAUAACAUUGAUUUAAUUUACUGAGAGAAUACUUACCUGUUAUGUCAUGCUGUUUUGUUGACUUUAACAUACUGCUAUAUUUGGGCAUUUUCAAUAUUUAAUAAACAUGAACAGCUUUGUUU